AUGAUAGAAGAUUACCCAUCAACAUCUGUUACAACAGAGACACAUCGUACAAAUAAACUUCUCAAUGAUUUAGAGGCAUUACUCUUGCAACAUGGAAAGCAUAUUACAGAGUAUGAUUUGCCGAUUUUAACUGGAGAAUGUGACAAUGAUUCAACUAUACCAAGACUCAUACAAGAUGAGCUAACUAUUCCUAAUAUAGAUGAAGAAUUCACUUUAAUUGAGAAGUUGAAUAACGACCAGAGACUUGCAUAUGAGACAAUCAUGACAGUUAUUGAUCGUAACGAAAGCAUGAUAUUCUUCGUCGAUGGGCCAGGGGGAACUGGAAAAACAUUUUUGUAUCGCACAAUAUUGGCAGCCUUGAGAAAAGCUGGUCACAUUGCAAUUGCCACAGCUACAUCUGGCAUAGCAGCAACAUUACUCCCUGGUGGAAGAACAGCGCAUUCCAGGUUUAAGAUUCCUUUAACUCUAGAUGCUUCAUCUACUUGCUCAAUAAGUAAACAAUCAGACUUAGCUGAGCUUAUUAGACGUGCCACCGUAAUAAUUUGGGAUGAAGCCCCAAUGGUAAAUCGACGUGCACUCGAAUCUUUAGAUAGAACAUUUAGAGAUAUUAUGGAAGUAAAUUUACCUUUUGGUGGGAAGGUGCUAAUUUUGGGUGGAGAUUUUCGUCAAGUACUUCCGGUUGUUCCAAAGGGUACAAAGGCAGAAAUGAUUGAUGCAUGCAUAGUCAAGUCCCCAUUAUGGAAAGAUGUCAAAGUGUUACAUUUGAAGCAGAAUAUGAGGUCUAGCAAUGAUGAAGAGUUUGCUGAGUACAUACAACACAUUGGUGAUGGGAAUGAACCAUAUAUAAUUGAUGAUUUGAUUAAACUACCCCCUUCAAUGGCAAUGGAAUGGGAGGGUCAACAUUCUAUAUACAACUUGAUUGAUCAAGUUUUUCCAAAUUUACAAGACCAUGUCAAUGAUGCAAGGUAUAUGGUUGAUAGGGCUUUGCUAACACCUAUAAAUGAUGAUGUUGAACAACUUAAUGCAAAGAUAAUUUCUCAGUUUCCAGGAGAUGAGUUUACAUUACAUUCUUUUGAUGAGGUUGAAGGAGAUACACAACAUCUAUAUCAACAAGAAUUCCUAAAUUCUAUAUCUCCAGGGGGUUUACCACCACAUAUAUUAAGGCUAAAAAAGGGUGCUCCAAUUAUGUUGUUGCGCAAUAUAGAUCCAAAAGCCGGAUUAUGUAAUGGUACAAGAUUGAUAUGCCGUGGAUGUUUUAACAACGUAAUUGAUGCUGAAAUUUUGACUGGACAAUAUGUGGGUACACGCAUUUUUUUGCCAAGAAUCCCUUUGAAGACAACAGAAAAUGUACACUUGCCAUUUGUAAUGAUCAGACGACAAUUUCCUGUACGUUUAAGCUUUGCACUUACAAUAAACAAAGCGCAAGGAAGAAUGCCUAACUCAAAUAUGAGGAUUGAGUCCACUAUGCUAAAUAAUGGAGUGCAUGCUGUUCCUACUGCUCAUUGGGAGAAGUGGAAGGAUGAUCAGUCAAUAUCGAACAUGGAGCCCAUUGAUAACAAGGUUCGAAAAUUGCAAAUUUAUUCACCUGGUUGGGGAUUCACUGUUCGAGCUGACAAGAAAGAGCUUUGGAGAGAAGUGAAACGAGUUUUAGAGUCACAAGAAUUGGAAAGGACCAAGAACAAAGACAGACAACAAAUUGCUGUCAAGAGCAAUGAAGUUUCCAACAUCCAUAAGAAUAAAGACAAAGGAAAAAUGAAGGACGAUGUGAUCUCUAACACUCAUGCCAACAGAGACAAACGGAGAAUGAAAAUCAAGGACAAUGUGGUUUCCAACAUCAAAGAGCAAAAAAAGAUACGAACAAAAAAAAUCAAGGACGAUGCAAUCUUCAACACCAAAAACAGUAAAGACAAACAGAAAAUGAGAGUCAAGGACAAUGCGAUAAUAAAGCAGUUCUUCAAGUCCCAAGCUGAAGUAGACCAUUUCACAUACAUGGAGCUAUGCAAUAUCAUCACAAGGUUCAUGGCAAAUGCUGCUGGAAAGCAAUUAGAAUGUGACACAAAUAGCAUUGCUCCACCAACUUCUCCACCAUAG